GUCGGACCCGACGGUAACUAGCCGGAAUCGAAAAUCAUCCGCGGCGUUGAGGAAUUGAUUGACGAGAUUUCGUGCCCGAGUCAGAUCUGUAUCUUUCAAAGACAGUUGUCUAGUCCAAUACGACUGACGAUCCAGAGACAGCGACUCACGUAGCUCAGCUAGCUCUUUCUACAACAUCUUCGUACGCGUCUCGCCUGCCUCGCCUUACGUUCAUGUCCUCCUCAUCAUCUGCCCGAGCUCACGUGCAAUGGGACGAAGAGCGGUCCGAACCGUACAUGAUCAUCCCUGCUGUACCUAGCAUUCGAUUCACCCCGCUACGGUCGACAGAUGGGCAAAACUUUGUGGAUCUGUACAAUGAUCCAGAAGGGGGACAAUAUGCUUUCAGGCGGCCUUACCCGUACGAUCUCGAAUGUUCUCAGUGGUUCAUGGACAACUUUCAUGCUGAUCUCGAUAUGAUCUGCGCCUCACUUAAGUCCCACUUGGAACACGGUACGAGACCUCCAGCGACGACAUUCCCACUCGCCAUGAUGCGAUAUGUUCCGACAUGCAGCAGCGUGAACGGGUCCACCGCUACAGACUCGUCUUACUCAAAGUUGGAUCGACCAGAUGUCGAUCAGGCCGUUGAAGAUCGUCUCUCUGAGAUGAACCUCUCUCCAGAUACCUUUCUCGGCUCCUUCACAUCUUUCCCGAAUACCAACGAUAUCGCCAAUUCCAUCGGAGAGACUUCGAAAUCCGCUUCGAGGACCCAUAUGGUAGCGUACGACUUGAUGCCAUUUAUGAGAGGCAAAGGUGUCGGGACGAGAGCUCUCGAUGCAGUAUUGGAAGGUUGGAAUGAUUGGGUCGGGGUGGAGGAGACGAUAGCGCACAUACAAGAAUCCAAUGUCGCAUCUCGCACCAUGAUACGUAGAUGUGGAUUUGACGAAGUUGAUUCGGAGAUCUGGCAGUGGCCUCUCGAGAAGGGAGGAGGGGAGAGACGGGUGUUCAAAUAUGUCAGGGGUCGUCCGAAGGAUGUUAAGUGAGGUCAUGGUUGGUGUCGGGGCUGCGCGGAAGAAGUUUGUCUGUAUCGACGUCUCAAGGUGCCAAGCCUCCAUUCAACUAGGGGCAAAGGAGUGAUCAAAAGUACAGGACGAAAUGGGAUUACGGUUCAUUGUGCAGCCAAGCAGUGGCGUACACUAUGCAUACCAUACGUCCGCC